CCCUCCAUUUAUCUUGGCUGUUCGCUGGGUGUGUUAAGGGGUGCUUGGCUCCCAGCGGUGGAGUGUGUUCUUCGACCUCCAGUAACGUGUUAGACUUGCUUGCCUUCCUCUUUCUGAAGACCCGAGAUCGGCCGUCAGCUUUUGAUUCGUGAGCGUUUCGCCAUCCUGCGGCUAUAACAUGUUCUGCUGGCUAAGUCGGCUAUUCAGGGGUUUAUCCAGACCCACCGGAAAGACUACCCAGCCGUUCUGGGGUUUUCUCUCCCGAAGUCUGAUACUGACUUCACAGAGGAGUAUUCCAGAACUCAGUAGCUUUGUUGCCCGAACCAACACUUGUGGAGAGUUGCGUUCGUCUCACUUAGGCCAAGAAGUCACCUUGUGUGGAUGGAUUCAGUACCGCAGGCAGAACAUCUUCCUGGUCCUAAGAGAUUUCCAUGGACUUGUCCAAGUUGUCAUUCCCCAGGAUGAGUCAGCUGCUUCUGUGAGGAGAAUUUUAUGUGAAGCCCCUGUGGAAUCUGUGGUUCAAGUGUCUGGAACAGUAAUUUCCCGACCUCCAGGACAAGAGAAUCCAAAAAUGCCAACAGGUGAGAUUGAAAUCAAAGUUAAAACAGCUAAACUUCUGAACUCCUGCAAGAAGCUACCCUUUGAAAUUAAGGACUUUGUGAAGAAAACAGAGACUCUUCGUUUGCAGUAUCGCUACUUAGACUUGCGUGGUGCCCAAAUGCAAUAUAACCUGCGACUGAGGUCCCAGAUGGUCAUGAAAAUGCGGGAAUAUCUCUGUAAUCUGCAUGGGUUUGUGGAUAUAGAAACACCAACAUUGUUUAAGAGGACUCCAGGGGGUGCAAAAGAGUUUGUAGUACCAUCCAGGGAACCUGGAAAGUUUUAUUCUCUCCCUCAGAGUCCUCAGCAGUUUAAGCAGCUUCUAAUGGUUGGUGGUCUAGACAGAUAUUUUCAGAUUGCCCGUUGUUAUCGAGAUGAAGGUUCAAGACCAGACAGACAACCCGAGUUUACCCAGAUUGACAUAGAGAUGUCUUUUGUAGACCAGACUGGGAUUCAGAGUCUAAUUGAGGGUUUGCUCCAGUAUUCGUGGCCCAGUGACAAAGAUCCCCUGGUAGUUCCUUUUCCUUCUAUGACCUUUGCCGAGGCAUUGGCCAGCUAUGGAACUGAUAAACCUGACACUCGCUUUGGAAUGAAGAUUGUAGAUAUCAGUGAUAUGUUCAGAAGAACAGAGAUUGGUUAUCUUCAAGAUGCACUUAGUAAACCCCAAGGAACCAUCAAAGCCAUGUGUGUCCCUGAAGGAGCAAAAUACUUAAAAAGGAAAGACAUAGAGUCCAUUAGAAAAUUUGCAGCUGACCAUUUUAAUCAGGAAGUCUUACCUGUAUUCCUGAAAGCCAACAGAAACUGGAAUUCUCUACUUGCUAAAUUCAUAACGGAAGAGCAAGGAUUAGGACUAAUCCGACUACUGGGGAUCCGAGAGGAUGUGGUCCUGGUAACUGCUGGAGAGCACAAGAAAGCAUGCUCUUUAUUGGGAAAAUUACGACUAGAAUGUGCUGAUCUUCUAGAAGCAAGAGGAGUGGUGCUUCGUGACCCAGCUCUGUUCUCUUUCCUUUGGGUGGUGGAUUUCCCCCUCUUCUUUCCCAAGGAGGAACAUCCUCAAGAGCUGGAGUCAGCCCACCACCCAUUUACUGCUCCCCAUCCCAGUGACAUCCACCUCCUCUACACUGAGCCCCAAAAGGUCCGUAGCCAACACUAUGACUUGGUUUUAAAUGGCAAUGAGGUAGGAGGUGGUUCUAUCCGAAUUCAUAAUGCCGAACUACAGCGUUACGUCCUGGCAGCAGUACUAAAGGAAGACGUGAAAUUGCUCUCCCAUCUGCUGCAGGCUUUAGAUUAUGGGGCGCCCCCUCAUGGAGGAAUUGCCUUAGGGUUAGACAGAUUGAUGUGCCUUGUCACGGGAGCACCGAGCAUCAGAGAUGUUAUAGCCUUCCCCAAAUCCUUCCGGGGGCAUGACCUCAUGAGCAAUGCCCCAGAUUCUAUCCCUCCUGAGGACCUGAAGCCCUAUCAUAUCCAGGUCUCUUGGCCAACAGAUUCAGCAAAAGAAAGCUCAUUGAGUCAUUCAUGCCAUCCAGAAAGUUGAGCCUUUGGGUUUUGACCUCUCUGCUUCCUCAAGGCUAAAAUCAGAUCCAGAGUUCAGCCACUGAUCUUACUUCAAGUCUUUUGAUGGAAGGAAUCCGGGCCACAUUCUUCACCACAAUGAAGAAACAGAUAAAGGGUAUCCAAUGUUAACUUGAUAACAUUCAUUAAUUAGGAUUAUUUUAUUUAGGAUUUUUGAAGUGUCUUUUUAGGAAAGUGUGAAAGGUGGCUCUUUGUUGGAGUAACAUAAUGACAUAGUGUUUUCUAAUCAUGUUUUUCAUGUCUGGGCAGUAGACAGGUCUCUUAGGACAGAAGUAAUCAAACCUCAUGUGAAGUGUGGGAAAAUUCUUGCCCCUUUAGACUGAUGGAGGGCUCAGUUCAAUCAGCUGCAUCAAGAGAAUCCUAUAAAGUAAGCUGGAUAAUGACAUUUCAACUAUCAAUAUAAUAUAGUAAGAAGCAAAACGAUUUAAGGCAAAAAGAAAAUCACUGAAAUAAAUGUCGCAAAAUCUUAAUCAGUGCUUUACCUUGCCAGUUGUAUAAACCUCUUAGCCUCCCUUCCUGCCUGCUUAUAUGAAAUGUACAGUACUUGCUCUGGCUCCCUCAUAGGGCUCUUCUUGCUGGAAUCCUAGGAGACAAUAUAUGUGGAAGAUAAUCUGAGUGAGAAUGCUUUGAAAAACUAUAAAGCAUUACAUAAAUGUAAGAUAAUAUUAUCCAUCUGUAAACAGAUAUCUCUGUGUAUUUUACAUGUGUAUCCAUGUAUUCUGUAAUUCAAGAUUAAACAAAACUGCUAUCCGUUGUGAAAGGAAAACAGUAAUUUCAUUAAUCAGUAUUUUGCUUGUAUUUUUUUAAUAAUCAUUAAUUCUUGAAUGACACUUUACCUCAAUUAUUAUACGUAACUGAAAAUGUUAAUUGACUUUAAACCAACUUCAAAUGUAGAACUGAACACUGAAACUGUGAUUUUCUUAUAUGUUGACACAAAUAAAGGCUUAUAAUUAAUUAGUAAUUGUAAAAUAGGAACAACACCUUGAUUGAUGACAUUGUUCUUUUUCUACAUUCUUUUGAUUUACAAUUUAUAAACAUCAAGUGUAAGCCUUAUAUCUAAGCCUCUUUUUCUCAGGCUCUAAACAGUGCAAUACUAUAAUCUUUUUCUGUUUGAAAAUAAAAUCAGCUUUACUUCCGGGUCUAA